AUGGCCUUUGACGAGAAGAGCGGUCAAGCAUCUGAGGAUCACUCCCAGGGCAUCAUGGCAGAAACGAGGACCAACAGCGAGCGUCUGGCGAAAAAGGGGCGGCUCUUGAGUAGCUUGACCGAGGACAUCCGGUCUUCUUCGUUCGCCGAGUCGCAGCUCGUCUUCCUGACGUUUUGCACGGGCAUGCAAGAUGCCACCACUUUUCCCGACUAUCACUGUUUCGCGUCUAAUCAAACGGGCAACACCGUUUUUCUCUGCCUGGCCCUGAUCCUGCCGCAACUCGAUGGCGAAGCAUUCAUCACGUCCAACAUCGGAAUGGCCCUGGGCCUGUUUCUGGGGGCUGGCUGGCUGACUGGCCAGUUGAGCCACAUCAUCGGGCCUCGGAAGCGAUGGUGGCUCCUUGUUUGCAACCUGAUCCAGAGCGGCCUGGUGCUGGGAGCGGCAGCGAUGCAGUAUCGAUACGGAAUCGAGGACCGGGGCCCCAAGGCGCUCGCCGUCGUUGGCCUGUUGGCCUUUGCGGCCGGGAGUCAAGUCGUGCAGUCGCGUAGCCUAUGCCUUACGGAAAUAAGCACGGCUAUGGCGACUGCAGCCUGGGUAGAUCUGAUGAUUGACCCGCGGCUCUUCUCGCUGGAGAACCGGCCGAGAACCCGACGUGUCGCCUUCCUCCUGGCUCUGGUUGCGGGUUCUCUCAUCGGCGCCCUCAUCUAUCGAGAGGUCGGUUCGGCGACGGCCAUUGUUGUUUCCGGGGCCGGGAAGCUCGUCGUCACGGUGCUGUUUCUGUUUUCGCCUGCGGAGGAGAAGGGGCCGCGAGAAGAGUCACAGGUAUGA